AUGAAACUUAUCCUUUUAAUACAAUUGUGGUGGCUAACUUUGGUCAAUACGAAAAGCAUUUACCCCGGACCAACGGUGUUAACGGGUAAUCAGAUAUUUGAAGAUGAAGUCAUCAUUGAUAAUGGUGGUGGGCUAGUACUAAAUGAUGGUUCAGAAUAUAUUUUCAAUGGCGGAUAUCAUGGCGGGAAGCAAUGUUCUAUUGACAUUAAUGCCGCUAAAGGUUUACCAUUUACCUUAACAACCUCUUCAGAUGCAAAGUUAUUUGAGAAUGGUUGUGUUUUCAAAAUUAGAAAUGCUAACACUGGAGCUAAGACAAUACAGUCCAUAAACUUCAGUCCAAUUGAAUUCAAAAAUACUAACAAGUUUAUCUUGGAACUAGGUCAUACCAAUUCAGAUGCUUCCUCUCGACUGAUUUUGGGUUCACCAGAAAUUGUUAAUAGUGGAGAGAUAAGUUAUAUUUCGACAGGGGUUGAGAUAGGCGAUUCUAACAAUGAAGGUAACCUGUUGAAAAUUGGUAGGCCAACAGGUUCUAUAAACAAUACUGGUAAAAUUAGUUUUGAUGCUGCCAGCAAGUAUUAUCUAUUUGGGAAAGUAUUUGGUCUUGGUGGAUCUAUUAGUGUUCAUAGAGGUACUUUAUAUGUUGAUUCCCUGUCAUUUUCAAAUAUCAUAUACUUGGGAUCAAAUACAGCUGUUGCAUUUAAAAAUUCGAUUUCUGCCCCGAUUACCGUCAGAGGUUUGGAAACAUCUUCCGCAAUAAGUUCUGCAGGGUCUGAUGGUAAGUUCAACUAUAAUGAUAAGACUGGUCUUCUUGUUGUAACUACCAGCGAGGGCUCCUUUAUAUACAACAUAGGUUGUGGAUACAAAAGUGAGUUGAUUCUGACGUCACAAACCAAAACAUGGUACCAAGGCAAGUUGUAUGACUAUUUUUCUGUCACAUUUCACCAGGUGCCACCAACCAACACCAUUUGUGUGGAAUCAUCAAAAGAAUUUAGGAGAGUAAAGUCAACCUUACUAGAUAAAUAUGGUGAUAUCAAAGGCUGGGAUAUUAUGAAUCUAUUUAAAAGAGAUGGUGAAAAUGUUUCUCCUGCUAAUGCCCCUGCAAACGCACCUGCUAAUCCUCCUGCAAACGCACAACCAGACGUAAAUGCGCUUGCCAAUGCUCCUGCUAAUCCUCCUGCAAACGCACCUGCUAAUCCUCCUGCUAAUGCGCCGGCUAAUGCGCCUGCUAAUCCUCCUGCUAAUGCGCCUGUUAAUGCGCCUGCUAAUCCUCCUGCAAACGCACAACCAGACGUAAAUGCGCCUGCCAAUGCGCCUGCUAAUGCACCGGCUAAUCCUCCUGCAAACGCACCUGCCAAUCCUCCUGAAAAUCCUCCUGCUAAUGCGCCGGCUAAUCCUCCUGCAAACGCACCUGCCAAUGCUCCUGCUAAUGCGCCUGCUAAUGCACAACCAGAUGUAAAUGCGCCUGCUAAUCCUCCUGCUAAUCCUCCUGCUAAUGCGCCUGCUAAUCCUCCGGCAAACGCACAACCAGACGUAGAUACGCCUGUGAACGCUGCUCCAAACGGACCAGCUAAAAAUGGCACAUAUGUCGGUCCACAACCCAAGCCAAACAAACCUUCUCAAGAAGAACCAAAUGCAAACUCUCCAGCUGCCGGUCCAGCAAACCCACAGCCACAAGGUAAUACUCCUCCUGUGGUACAGCCUGCAAACAAUGACACUUCAAGUAACCCACAGCCUAAACCAGAUGUAAACUCAAAUGCAAACUCAAAUGCAAACUCAAAUGCAAACUCAAAUGCAAACUCUCCAGCUGCCGGUCCAGCAAACCCACAGCCACAAGGUAAUACUCCUCCUGUGGUACAGCCUGCAAACAAUGACACUUCAAGUAACCCACAGCCUAAACCAGAUGUAAACUCAAAUGCAAACUCAAAUGCAAACUCUCCGGCUGCCGGUCCAGCAAACCCACAGCCACAAGGUAAUACUCCUCCUGUGGUACAGCCUGCAAACAAUGACACUUCAAGUAACCCACAGCCUAAACCAGAUGUAAACUCAAAUGCAAACUCAAAUGCAAACUCUCCGGCUGCCGGUCCAGCAAACCCACAGCCACAAGGUAAUACUCCUCCUGUGGUACAGCCUGCAAACAAUGACACUUCAAAUAACCCACAGCCUAAGCCAAACUCACCUUUGGGCAAGCCUCCACACGUUGAUACCUCAACUCCGAGUGUCAAUUUUCAGCAACCUAGUGUCUAUUCUCCUACUGCAAAACCAUCUGUCAUAAACCGCUUUGCUAACUCCUCAAGCGUUGUUCAUCCUGGUAUCCAGCCAUCCAACAUUAAUUCCAUUGGUAGCCAAGAUAUUGCAGGUUCUUCUAAUGGCUUGUCUUCAAAAAAUAGUAUAGCAAUUGGUAGCCCAUUGGCUGUUUUGUCUCCAACUGAAGAGCCAUCAAUAAGUCAGCGUGUAGUAAUAAAUCCUGCUUUGUCCUCGUCAGUUAAACUUUCAUCUUCCCCUCAAGCCUAUAUGAAUUCAUCGAGUACAGUGAGUUCCUCUUCGAAGUCCUCAGUCGAAACUAGUAAUAAUAGAAAUAGCGAUAAUGGGUAUGCUAAACCUUCCAAAGUGAACUCGGGAAUACACCUAAACCCAUCCAGUCACAACAUAGAUGAUUCUUCAAAGUCAGCAUCUGCCUCUCCAAAAUCUAGUAAGCCAUCGUCUGCAUCUUCUAAUGUUUCGAAGCCAAAUCCAAGUGGUGAUAAUCGUGUAUCUACCAUCAAUUCAAAGAAAGGAAAUGGUCUUUCGAGUAAAGCUACGCCAAGUCCCAAGCCUAAUGUUAACAGUUCUCAAGGCGGGAAGGCGGGGCCAGGUAAUGGGCAUUCGUCCAAUAAUGUUAGCAAAGAAAAUGAGAAACCAAGCACUGUGAAAUCAAACUCUGGGAAGUCAAAUACUGUCAAGCCUACCUCUGGGAAAUCGAAUACUGGAAAAUCGGAAGCUCAAAAACCAUCGACAAAGACAUUAAGUGGGUCAGCAUCACAACCAAAAGCCAAUCAAGGUCCUGGGGGUACACAGCCUACUAAAGGUCCUUCUCCAGGAUCAAAUCCUGCACAGCAGGUGAACGGAGGCUCAUUGUCUGGUUCAAACAUUAUACCAAUCAACUCUAGAAUCCCAACAAUCCUAAGUUCUACGUUCCGUGGUAAUGCAGCUAUGCUAAGCAUUCAAGGUAUUGAAUUGGUGCUGCCAGCAUUAGUUGCCCUACUAUUCCUCUAA